AUGUUUGCUCGUGUUAAUUUAUCUUCAGUAUUAAUAGUCAUAUUGUGUUCAGUUGCUGUGAACAGUGCUAAAAAAGUUAAAGCUAAACACGGUCCUAGUGGAAUGUCCUUCUCUGAUACGACUAAUUGUACAGAAUUCUCCAAGUAUGGCCGAUUCAAUCCUUAUUCUGUUCUCCAUGAGAAAUGGAUUGUGUUCUUCUAUUGGGCUGCGCCGCAACCUUUGAUGACUUAUAUUUUUACUUUUCCUACAGUCAAUCAUACUAAAAAUCUGAAGAAAAUUCUGGAUGGGAACACAAUUUUACCUGUAAUGUGGUCAGCUCGACAGAUAUUGAUGGAAGAUCAAAAUCAUGUGGUCACUUUACUGGUGGAGCGAGCAGACCGGGGAGAGUACUGGCAAUAUCCACUGUAUAAAGUUACUGGCUCACACAAGAUAACUCCUCGAGAUGUACGCUUGAAGCAAACAGGAGAUAAUCGACUGAUUGGCUUCAUGGAUUGCAAGGAUGAAACUAUGUUCGCAAUGGCAAGGAUGAAUGAUGUGCCUCCCAAGAAUAAACUGGCGGAGGAGGCGGCAAGGCUCGGCUACAAGGGGCGACGAGGUAAAUCCUACCUGUACCAGGGCCAUGAAUGGCUUCCCAUACCAGAAGACGAUGAAAAAAACUACUGGCACUACCCUAAAAAGAACAAAGAAAAUUCAUCUAAUGAAGACCAGAGAAGUAGCGAAGAAGAAUCAGAAGAUACAAAUAAACAAGAGGAAACUGAACAAAAGGAAAAUCCUGAUAAUGAUAAUAAAUUGUUUCGUGAAAAACAUCUGGAGCCAAAUUGCAUUAAAAUAGAGCCUGAAUUAUGGAAUGAUCCGAAACCAGAUCCAACUGAAAACCAAAUGUUGUCUAUCGACGAUUUAAAUAAAUUAGAUGCAAAUGAAACUAUUAAUAUUAAUAACAAAUCGUUAAACGAAUCAUAUAAUUCUACAAGCAUCAAAAGAGAAACAAUAUUAGAAACAAAUGCUGAAAAUGUAGAAAAUAGACAAAACAGUAGUAUAACAAGCACUGUAGACCAACAGAAGAUAAACAUUGAUAAUAUAGAAGUAAAUAAAACCGAAUAUAUAAAGGUAGAAGAUAAGGAAUUCAAAUAUCAGAAUGAAAUAGACAAAUUCUUGUCUUACGCAGAAAACACAAAACCAGACUUUGAGGAAGUAAAAGAUGAAAAGACAAAAGAGGAGACACCAAAAGAUGAUCAAAUAAAAGAAAAAGAAGCAGAAGGUAAGAAGGUAAAUAAGGAAGAAGAGGAUAAGAUAGUAGAGGAAAUUAUAGCAGAAGAUGAAGAAGCAUACAAUAAGACGGUAGAAGAGACGAAAGCAAAAGACACAAAAGCAGAUAAUCAGAAUGCAAAUUAUGAGCAAACCAAAGAAAACAAAACAGAAAAUAAUGAAAUAGAAGAUAAAAAAAUCGAAGACAAGAAAGCAGAAGAAAUGAAAGUGGAAAAUGUUAAAGCAAAAAUUAAGAGAGCAAAAUAUAAGCUAGCAAAGAUAAAGCAAGAUAAAGCAAAGAAAUUAAAAGAAGAAAAAGAGGAGGAGCCAGAAAAUACUUGUGAUAUAUGUUAUGAUUCGUCAACGUCUAUGUAUUCAACUACUGAUCCUUAUACUCCCAUAGAUGCCCCAUAUAAGAAGACUGAUCGAGGAUUUGAAAAGAAUUUUGUAUCUCCAAAUCCAGAAAAAUCUACAAAAAGUAAAGAAACGCCUAAAACAUCGACGGAGAAACCCUCAAUAACUGUAAAUGAAGAGGAUGAUGUUAUCACUAUUAGACCAGUUCCACACAAAACAGUUUGAUUGCGGAUUGAAUUGGACAGAGCGAUUUUAUAUCUACAUGUAGGCACACAGUUAAAUCGCCAAGUUUAGUUUCGUUUUGCUGCCCCAGAAGAACAAAUAAAAUCAAGUCGACACACGCAUAAAUCCGCAAAAAAUUACCAAUUAGCGUCCGCAGUAUCGGAUUUGAUUGGGCAAUCACAAAUCAGGUGGUAUUGACUACCUAUGAAUUUAAUAUGUUCCGACCAAGACUAUUCGACUGAAACAACGCAGAAUUAAUCACCACACUUGCUCAACGUGAGUUGGCAGGUCUGAUGUUUUCCUUCACCGCUUGUCAUUAGUGUCUAAAUUGUCUUAGAAAGUUACAUAAUAUAACAUCUUGUAAUAAAUGUUAAAGUUUCAUGAUA